AUGCCUUUGUCCUCCCAUCGAUCGCCUCCGCAAGCAGCACCGGCAGCAGCGUCGCCGCCCACGUCGGUCGCGGACAACCGACUGGGUUUGUCCGCACAAGAUGUCGCCGUCCUCCGCCAGCACCAGCAGCUCGCGCACUCCCAGGCGCGGAGCUCGGCCGGGUCGCAGGCCAGCAGCCAGGGCAGGCUGUUGCUCGACCCGGGCAGUUUGCAACUGCUGUCGCGACACUUUGAUCGCGUCAUGCAAGCCAUCUCGCAGCGUCUUGAACAGCUCAAUCGCGCGACCGAAACCGCAACACAGGCACAGCACGACCGUUCCGGCAAUGCCAUCCAGAUGGCCGACAACGAGAUUGCACGCUUUCGAGCGAUACUACAGCAGAUCGACGAGCUAGAGACCGAGUUCGACAAGAUCAAGCGCAUUCGAGAAAUUGUCCGUGGUUUCCGGGCUCGGGUGGAGCACCUGGAACGACGAAUUGGAUAG